AUGCGCUUCCCCCGUCCUGAUCUUGAUUUAGCUGCUCUUAAGAAGGAGCAGCAGAUGGCAGAGAGGGCCCCCCAUUGGUUAUUAGUUACAUCAGAGGAAAGGGGCCCCGAGGGUACCCGCUGCAAGCGAAUGGUACUGGGCGAAGGGACCAACGUGGACCCCUUGGAUACCUCGGACCCGCAGAUGCAACAGCAGCCGCAGGAGCAGCAGCAGCAGCAGCAGCAGCAGCAGGGAGGAUGGGGCCCCCCCACGGGGCCCUCGGACUCUACUGUACCCUCUUUUUUCUCUGAUGGUACAUCUGAUUGGCGUUAUGAGAUAACAGAAGAAUUCGAUGCCGAUUGGGCAUGGCUAUCUGGGGGCCCCUGGGCAGCAGAUGCGAGGGGCCCCCUGGGGGCCCCAUCUCCGGGUGAGGGGCCCCAUGGGGGGCCCCACCAACAGGGGUAUGAUGCCGUAAAGGACAGACUACAAGAUAAAAGACUUAAGGUGUAUGUACAGGGUAUUAAUAUUACUAAGCCAAUUGCUAUCCUUAAUAGGCAUCAGGUGCUGCAGACACUGCAGCACCCACAUGUAGCUAUGGGUAUUUCUAGGGGUACUCAAGGUGAGGGUGGGCCCCCGGGGGGCCCCAAAGGAGGUGGGGGGCCCCAGGGGGGGCCCCAAGGGUACAGACAGAGUACCCCUUUGACGACAACUUUAUGCCCAGAGGCAUAUGAGGCCCUCAUAGAAAGAACAAAGAGGAUAUUACCAUCCUUUAAGGAGCGGCAGCAGGUGCUGCUGCUGCUGCAGCUGCUGCUGCAGCACACCCGCGCACUGCAGCAGCAGCAUCGUCGUUACCUUCAGGAACAACGCGCCUUGCUGAUCCAGGCGAACGCCGCAGCAACAGCAGUAACAGCAGCAGCAGGCGAGCAACAAGAGCAGCAGCAGCAACACCACCACCAUCAGCAGCUCCUUUUGGAGCAAGCAGCAGCAGCAGCUGCUGCUGCUGCUGAAGCAGCAAGAAGCUUGAGGGCACUGCAGCAGCAGCAGCUAUAUGAACUCUUAUUUGAUGCAACUCUCCCUCAUAUGCCUCAUAUGCCGCUAGAGGAGCUCGGCAAUCUCUCGAGGGUUUUCGCCUACUGUGCUCCAACGAAAGGUUUGGGGAUGUUGCAGGUGGUGGCGUUGCAUGCAUUUGACAGGAGUUGUUCUUCGCUGUGGGGCCCCCCACCUGCAGCAGCAGCAGCAUCAGCCGCUACUGGUGCUGCUGCUGCUGCUGCUGACGGGGGCCCCCAAGAGAACGGCCUUCUUUGGGGUGUGCUACAGGUUCUUCAACCCUUUGCAUUGGGUCUGCAGCGGCAGGGGGCCCUAGGGGCCCCCAUGCAGCACAGUAGGGCACAGAUUGGUGGGCCCCCAGAGGCUCUUCCGGAGAUUGGGGGGCCCCUUGCUGCAGUGGAGGGGGGCCCCCAAGAGACAGGAGGAGGUCUUGGCUGUGCCUCUAGGCGGCUGAUAGAUAUUGUUGUUAGCGAAAGAGGGGUUUCUGAGUUUUCCUCCCUGUCAAGAGGCUCGCUGCUGCAGCUUCUCCUUUGCUGCUGCUGCGUGGGGUCGGGGGCCUCUGUUGCUCCCAUGACAGCAGCAAAGCAGUGCCUUAAUCUCCUCUUCAGGGGCCCCCAGGGGCCCCUGGACCCCGAGUUUUCCCUUGAUGAGGCCCUGUGGGUACUGAUCAGCUGCGCCUAUCGAGAGUCCCGCGGGGGGCCCCCUGCAUGGCUGCUGCCUCUAUUUAUGGAGAUGUGGGGGCCCUCAUCUUCUCCUGCUGCACCUGCUGCUUCUGCUGCACUGCUGCAGCAGAGCCCUGAUGCCCUCCUUGGUCCUGCUGUUGCUGAAGAAGAGACAGGGGCUGUGCGCUGCUCCCCUCCAUUGGGGGCCCCAGGGGGCCCCCUCUUGACCCUACAGCAGUUGCAAAGCCUCCUCCAAGUUAUACAGGAAUCUCUUCUUCCUGAGGGUUCCCUUGGGGCCCCCACGGAGAAGCAGCAGCAGCCGCCACUGCCGCAGCCGCUGCGGCUUCUGCCUGGGUCAGCAGGGCCCUCCCCGGACGGGGGCCCCCCCAACUUUGCAGGCCUUGACUCAUGGAUGAUUGAACUAAAUGUAUGUCAAAGAGGGGGCCCCCAGGGGGCCCCCACCGUCACUAGGGCCUUUGACUACCUUGAAGACCCGGGGGCCCCCAAGUAUAAUAUGCAGACAAUAAGGGUACCUGCAGUGGGGGCCCUUGCUGCUGUAGAGGCUCUGGGGUGGUCUCUUUCGCAGCUGCUGCAGCACCAGCAGCAGCAACAACAGCAGCAAGACCACCAGCAGCAGAAGCAACAGCAUUUAUUGCAGGAAAGUAUUAAGAGGGCCCAUGAUCUGCUGCUCUCUAUCUUAUAUAAGUUGUCAGAGGCAGCAGCAAAUCGUACCCUUUCUAUCUCUGCCCUUCUCCAGGGGGCCCACAUCUUAGCAGAUGCAGCAGAGCACUUCAAGGGGGGCCUCUCAGCGGGGGCCUCCCCUGGGGGCCCCCAAGCUUCUGCAUUGCAGCAGGAGUUCGAAGCGCAGUCUGCAUUGGUGGAGCUGCAAGCAGCAUGCGGCCGUUUGCUGCUUGCUGCAGGCAACGUGAUGCAGGGAGGAGCCCCUCAGGGGGCCCCCCUUGAGAGUCUAAUUAGCUCUGUUUGCUGCUGUGUUGUUCGUUUCCUUGAGGGGUGCCAUGUAGGGGGGGCCCCUCGGAGCACAGUAGCAGCAACAGAAGCACGAACAGCAGUACCUGCUGCAGCAGCUCAUGCUGAUGCUGCUGCUGCGCUAGCCACAGGCGCAGCACAGUGUCUGCAGGGCCUCCGCCUGCUCCUUGGGGGGCCCCCCUCAUCUACAUUAGACCCUGUAGACCGUCUUGGGGGCCUCUCCUUAAGGACACAGGCUGAGUGGCUGGGGGCCCUGGGGACCUUGAUGCAGCGGGCCCCCGUCUUAAACAAACAACAAGCUGCAGGGCCCACAGGGGCACUCGGGAUAUAUGAGGAAGCUGCAGCUACUGCUCUGUCUGCGGGUCCGCAUGCAUACAGCAGCACAGGCACAGAUGCAGCAGCAGCAACAACAACAACAACAUCUGCAGCAGCAACAGCAGCAGAGGCAACAGCAGCAGCAGCAGCAGAAAGAGCGGCACAGGGCCUUAAUGCUUUGUUAGAUCAAUUAGCUCGUGCCUCCUCUUAUGCAUCUGACCAAGAAGUGUCUGCUGCAGCAGAGCUGGCACGACAGCUGCAGCAGAUGCAGCAGCAGGUGCAGCAGCAGGUGCAGCAGCAGCUGCUGCAGCAGCAGAGUGUGGGGUUCCUUGGGGCCCUCUCCAGGGUCAUCACAGGUAUGAACACUGCGAGGCUAGAGCAACUGCAGCAGCAGCAGCAGCAGCAGCAGCAGGACCUCAGCAGCAACUCCUCCCCUAAGGAAGUGCAGAAAAAGCCUCGGGAGACUCUCUUUGUUGCUGUUGAGCCUGCCUAA